AUGCCUGUGCCCAGCCUGUACGAUUGUGACCUGGAUAUUGACAGGCUUCUCAAUCGUUAUGUUCCCUAUCCUCGAUGGCAUCUUGUGCCCCGCCCCGUGGCCCACUUCUUAGGCCAUAGGACAAAACCACCAAGACAACCAGGCAAUGUCCUUAUCAUGCUCUGGUCUGUUGUCGGUGUAUUCUCUGGCCUGGCCAUCGUUUCUGCAGUAACAAAACAUAUUCCCAUUUUCCAAGAACAUGGGCAUUAUACCAUAAUUAACAGCUUCGGUGCUGCCGCCGUGCUUGAAUACUGCUCUAUUGAUUCUCCACUUGCACAACCUCGAAAUGCUUUUCUGGGACAAAUAAUCGCAUCGAUCAUAGGGGUCGGGAUCGCAAAAUUGUUUGCAUUGCAUGCGUAUGCAGAGUCUUGGUUCUGGCUUGCUGGACCGGUAGCAUGUGCAGUUGCUGUUGCGGCCAUGAUAUUCACAAAAACGAUACACCCACCCGCCGGAGCCAUCACAGCCCUGCUGCUUAACAACAUCCAGAGACAAUUCCCCUUGUACUGGUGGACGCCGGAAAGCCUUCGACCAGUGGAGAGGACGGAGAAAGAUCUGGAAAUGACAUCCUCCGAUGACGACGAGCGUACACCCACAGGGAGCGUGAUAAUAACGAGACAGUUUCCAAAACAGGACCAGAUGAUAAUGAUACGGGGUGGGCAGAAUAAUAAAUGUAAUGAUUUACGACCUUCAUAUUCUGGCGACCACCGCGGGGUUAUCUAG